AUGUUCGGAUUUCAGAAUGAAAACAAUCACAAAUAUUAUCUGGAUACAGUAUCUGUUGUUGAUAAUAGUGCACCUACAAUUCAAUUGCUCAACAAUCCAAGCUUUGAGAAUUCAACAACAACAGCAACAAGCUGGGUUCAAUGGUGUACAAGCACGUGCAAUGGUCAACCUGGUGCUGUAACCUUUGAUGCAAAAUGUUAUUUAUCAAGUGGCAACUGCUUUAAAGACACCUGCUAUGCUGGUACAGGUAUUGACUUUCUUGGCCAAUCAUUUCCAACGACAAAUGGGCAUAAUUAUACAGUUUCAUUUUGGUUGAUAUCAGAUGGUGGAGGCACUACCAUUGAUAAUCGAUUUUACGCUGAUAUCAUCUAA